AUACAUUUUCAGUGUCAACAACCACAGGUUUUUAAGGUGGUUGCGCUCGCCUUUUCGCUAUCUUGACUUUGAAUUUGAGAGCCGUGACAAAUUCUUCUAGGAAUCCAAGUAUUUAUUUCAACUUGGAGGUGCUUGUUUGCUUUUUGAUAUUACUUGACAUUUGCGUUGAGUUUGUAUUUACGCACACCGCCUUUUCAAUCGCACGAUUAAGAGCAUUCCAGAUAAACCUGGAGGACUUACGCAUAUCGACCGCUAAGUACCCUGGGAGUCUCUUCCACAUGGCACUUUUCAACAUGGCGGAUCAGUACAUCGCAGGCGAUGGCGGAGUAGAUUUAAGUACGAGCGACUCGAAAAAAAGGCCACUGGAUGGAGCUGGAGAGGGAAGACCAUCUUUUAAAAGGUCAAACCUUGGAGCUGCCAAAACACCUAUUGUAAAAAUUCUCAUUCCUAACUAUGCGGCUGGUUCAAUUAUUGGUAAAGGAGGUGCCAACAUCGCAGAAGUUCAGCAGCAAACAGGAGCUAGAAUCAAACUGUCACCUAACAAUGAUUACUACCCUGGGACACAAGAGAGAGUUGGUCUUAUAAUGGGGGAAGUGGAAACAAUUAUCAAAAUGUUGAAUUUUGUUAUUGAAAAGAUCAGGCAAGAGCCACCAGCAAUGAAACUAAAUCCAGCCAUGACUUAUGAUAAGGAGCGUGCCAAACAGAUGAAAAUUGUGAUACCCAACUCUACAGCAGGACUUAUUAUUGGUAAGAGUGGUGCCACUAUCAAAUACAUAAGUGAUCAAACUGGUGCUAGGAUACAAGUCAGCCAGAAAAAUGCCGACUCGGUGCCUGGCGAGAGGGUUAUCGGUGUCUCUGGAACUCUAGAGCAAGUGCAGGCAGCUUGCGCAGUUAUAGCUGCUAAAGUACAAGAAGACCCAGAACAUGCAUUGAACAACAACAUUUUCUACUCUAGUCUUUCACCCAACAAUGCUCACAAACUCUCUAAUGGAAAUGCCACUGGCUUCAAUGCCUUUGGUGGUGGGGGGCUCUCAGGUUCUGGGUUGGGUGGACUGGGUUUUGCCAACUCAGCGGGUACAGGUAAUAAUGCUGCAGCUAAUAGUAUAUUAGCCCAUGCUGCUUUACUGAGUGGGGGUGGGCUGGGAGGAAAUAACCCUCUUCUCAACGCGAUGGGAAGUCUGGGACCUUUGGGGCUAUCAACAUCUGGUUCACAGAUACAAUCAACUGCGACCUUGGAGCUGACUGUGCCAGAUGAGCUGAUUGGCGCAGUCCUUGGGAAACAAGGCAAAACCAUCAACGAAAUCAUGCAAUACAGUGGGGCCAAGAUACAGGUAUCACAAAAAGGAGAGUUUGUUCCUGGUACUAACAAUAGAAAAGUUGUUAUUACUGGCGAUUUCAACUGUGCACAGACUGCUCAUUUUCUGAUCACGCAACGACUCCAACAAGUAGAAGCAGAGAGGCUUUUAGGACAGCAUUCAUAACCGCCAUGAAUUCAUCUUGCCUUCUGUAUCUCUAGCCACUCACACACACUGAUUGGUUUUUAACUAAUAGUUCAGCAAUGUGGACCCAUGGUGACACGGUGUCUGUACUGGUGACAUCUUUAAAUUUUCUUUUUAUUAUUAUUAUAAUUAGUAUCAUUUUAAUAAUAAUGUAAUAGCAACAUGAACAUGUAUGCAAUUUUAAGCUGGUCGAUGAAGAAACAAUUAAAGACAUCAUUCGCUGCCAUGGAAAACCAAUUGUCAUGUUUCAUUGAUGUGGAAUUCAUAAAAAUUUAUCCACUUUAGGAACCUAAAACACAUGUUUCCUAACUUUCUCUGUGGAAUGUCAUUAUGUGUAUGAUGAACCCACUUUUCGCAAGGAAACUGCCUUUAUUUGUUUAUAUAUGCACUGUACAAUACAUUUUAAAUUCAUUUUAGGUGAGAUUCACAUUCAUUCAUUUUACUACACCAUUUUGUGUUGUGAAUAUUUGAAGCCUAACCAUCACUGGAAAUAGGUUCCGGUGGCCUGGUCAGGCUAGACUCUGUACAGAAAUUAAUAAUGAUAGGCAGUGUAUCAUUAUUUAAUAAUUAGAUGAGUUGAUUAUUAAUUGUUAUCAUUAUUGAAUAUUUUCUGUAACUUAUACAGUCUUCAUUACACAUUUCCAAAUUUAUGCUAUUUGCAGUAGUUUGAUUGUAGAUAAUCACAGGAGAGUGAAAGUGGAAGAUUAGUUAUUGUCAGAUUAUGGAAAAAAUAGUGAAAAUUCCCUAAAUUGAGUUCCCAGGAGCACGCAUACUGCAAUAGGUAGAAGUCAAUCUCUAAUUAGUGAUUUUUGAAGGUACAUGUAUUAUUAAAAUAAUGAAUUAUUUAUGUCCUAGAGAUUGAAUCUUAGCUUGCAAGAGAUGUUUUGAAAUAGUGUGCCUUUUACUGCCUGUGGGGCGAGAUUAAGAAAAGGAAAUGGUAUUUAAACCAAAUUACAAAGGAAUGGUAGGUUUUAUCAUGAUAAUUUCUUGCUUGGUUACGUAUAGCAGGUACAAAUUCUCAAUUGAUUAUUGAUUAUGGAAUUUAGAUACUUAAUUCACAAACUAAGACCUCAUCUGCUGAUGUCCAUUGUUCAUUGAAAAUUUCAUUGAAAAUUUACUGCUGUGUUCAAAAACAGAUGCAAAUGUGUGAAGGAAAAUUAUUAUUAUUGUUGAAAGCUGAUAUUUACCAGUCACUGAUUCAGUGAUAUUUUGAUAUGAAACUCUGUAAAAUGUGUCACAUCAAUUUGUAAAAGGGCAUUUUUUCCCUUCCAAGCAAGUAAUCACCGCAUUACAGCAAUUUCAGAAUCUAUUCACUGAAAAUUGCUUUUUACUUUAAUGUAGUCUGGAGUUAAAAUCUGGAGAAAAAUCUUUUGAAGAAAGGCAGAUGCAUGUAGAUGUGGUCAUAGUUGAUAAUGAUUGGUCACUGCAGCUUCAUGAUGAGGCCACUCUGGACAUCCUAAGUACUUUAGAAUCCAAACUGAAGCAUCACAAUUCAUUUAUCAUUGAUAUGAAUGAAAAAGAGCUGCAUCAUGGUACAAAAUUACUUGCAACUUUACUUUUCUAUGCAGCUUUCCUUGGGGUCUGUCAGAAAACUCUGCAGUAGAGGCUUAAUCAGCAGUUUUGAGCUGCACAACCUUUUCAGUUUUAAUUAAUCAAUUGAUAGCAAGCCAAUAGGCAGGUACUCAUUGAUUACUAGUAUAUGGUGCUUGGGGAUCAGUGUUUUUUGUGUAGAAAGUUUUUGUUGACCUGAAGGACACUCUUAUGUUAAAAAAAAAAAACCCAUCUAAUAAUGCAGCUACUUAACACUGCCGAUAUUUGGCCAUUGAUUCAUGACUAGAAAAUGAAAAAUUUAAAGUCUAAUUCUGCUCUGGAGCCUAGAGACUUGCACAGCUCAAGCUUCUCUUAGUUUCUGUUGCAUGAAGAAGCUGGGAGUAUUGCUUCUCCCCUCCCCCAGUCCAUCACAGGCUAGACCCCCUCAGCUUUCCAUCCUCUCAUCCUCUUUCCCAAAUAGUUUGUCCAUACCCAUUUACUUGGUAGAUAGACGCAGUUAAGAGGCUUGCCUGGAAACUCCAUGCAAGCACCCAACUAGAGCUUAGACAAGGACCCCUUGGCUGAGAGCCGAGGCCACCCCUCACUUGGCCUCCACUAAAGAAAUUUUGAAAUUACUAGUUUAAUUUUAACAUCCACAGCCAAAAGAAAGUGGAAGUUGUUGUAUGUUAAGUAGCUGUAUUGAUUAAAUCUAGAGAAGAGGUAUGGUAUUUUUUAAUCCAUCCGUUUCACCUUGGAACCAAUUUUUAAACACACUUUAUUGUUUUGUUAAUUUUAAGAUUGCAGUACCCAUGCAAUGCAAUAUCCCUACUAGCAGGCAUAAAAAAUUAGGUUCUAGUAUUUUUAGGCAAUAACUAAAACCUCUGUACUGCAAGAAGAAGAAAGUCUCGUAGAGAGAGUUUGUGCACUCUUGUGCAAGUGAAGAAAUGUGUAAAAUGCCCCAUCCAACUCAUGUCAUGGAUAACUUUCCUUGCCUGACAAUACAUUUUCUCUCUAAUAAUAUAAUUGUCUCUGCUAUUGCUGUGGAGGCAGUUGUCUUGACAUGAAACUUGAUGUGAUUGACCACCCCAUUACACCUAGUCGCUUAAUUUUGAGACAUUGUCCAAUGUUUCAAACUGACUUAUGACAUUCUUGCGGUCAGAUGUUUUGCCUCUUUUACUCUAACUAUUAUAGUCAAGUAUUAGUUAAUUUAUGGGUUAGACUUCAUCAACCAUUCUUGGUUUUUUUUUUGUUUUUUUUCUGCAAUGUCUUUUUUGCUGAAUAAUGACUUCCCUAAAACUAGUGAUCAAAAGCAAUUGUACCAGUUCUUUCCUAUCCUUUCUAACCUCAAUAACUAUUUUUCUCAUGUCAAGUAGUUAUACAAAGUUUUAUACUCCACUUUUAUUCUAUUUUUUGCCCUUGUCAUUAUUGAGAACUGACUUUUAUUUAAUGAGAAGCUCAAAAUUGACUAUAUGUGUUCAUAAGUCAUUUUGGUAAUCAGUUGUCUAUAGUUUUUUUUUUUUUACUUUUUAGUGCACUUUUUUCAUUCUGCAUAGCAUGGAGUUGAUCAUGUAGUCUGAAUGCCUGGGUGUAAGAAGUCUGAAAUCAGUUGCUGGUGAUUUUCACAGAUUGUGGUAAACUGAGCAGAAAUCCAUCAUCAGGCAAAAUCUGAGGAGGAUUUCUGCUUCACCUUUCACUUCCAAGAUCUCAUGAGUAAUUUUCCCCAUGGUCUGCUGUACAAUUCUUCUGGUCAGAGGAUUUGGUAUUGGAUCGACUAAUGAUCCCCUAAUUGAUAUUUUUACUUUAUCCUCACCAUUUGUCUGCUAGGUAUUGUGUUGAUAAUGUAAGGUGAAGUUCUGUCUUGGUCACCAAUAACUUCACCCUCACUCAGACAAUCAGACAACAUGAUAAAUUUGCACUUGGGUUCAAACAAUUUAUUGUUAAUAUUAAGUUAAUUAUUGGUUAAGUUAACUGUUGUCUCUUAUUGGCUAAUUGUGUCUAUCAGUAUCCAUGGAUUCACUGUCUAACAAGAGAACACUGAUUUUUAUUGGUUUCGUUAACUGUUUUCUCUUAUUGGCCCAUUGUGUCUAUCAGUAUCCAUGGAUUCCCUGUCUAACAAGAGAACACUGAUUUAAAGACUUGCUGGUACAUUUCCACAUAUUACACGUCUCUUUUCUGAACACUGCAACUUGCGUAUUUAAUUCCCUGUAUCAUAUUGUGGGUACAUUUAACAUCACUGCUUGUAUCGCUCCACUUAAUAAACUGCCGAUACAUCCA